CCUGACGCCUCGUGGCAGCCAUUUUCCGCCAUCUUGUCGAGUUUCGUUGCAAACACACAGUUUGUUUGUGAUUUUUCUCGUGUUGUCUCAAAAUGGGGUCCUCGAGACACCGCGACCGCAGUCGUGAGCGUGACCGCGACCGAAGAGACAGGGACCGAGACCGCGACCGUCGAGACAGGCGCAAGAGCAGUCGAGACAGGCACAGAGACAGGGACAGGGACCGCAGAGAGCGGGACCGCAGUCGCGAGAAGCGCCGGGAGAAGACCCCGGAGCCCGACGGCGAGAAGCUCAUCGCCGACACUUUAGCCACCAUUGCAGCCACCCGGAACUUCGCCGCAUUGGUGGCCCCCAAGCCGGAGCCCGACACCAACUCGAACCAGUCGAACGGGAGCCAAGAGGAGGACGGCACGACCAGGAAGCGCAAAAAGCGGUCCCGGUGGGCGGGGGGCGAGCACGACAAGAUUUUCAUUCCGGGGAUGCCCACGAUUCUGCCCUCGGGACUGGACAAGAACCAGGAGCAGGCCUAUUUGCUUCAACUCCAGAUUGAGGAGGUCAGUAGAAAACUGCGAUCCGGAGACCUGGGGAUACCACCAAAUCCAGAGGACAGAUCGCCAUCACCUGAACCGAUCUACAGUAGCGAUGGUAAACGUCUAAACACACGCGAAUUUAGAACUAGAAAGAAAUUGGAAGAAGAACGACAUUCACUUAUUUUGAAAAUGCAACAAAUCAAUCCCGACUUCAAACCUCCAAUGGAUUACAAUUGUAGACCCCCUGUGGUUCGUGUAAGUGAUAAAGUUAUGAUACCGCAAGAGGAACAUCCUGAGAUUAAUUUUGUAGGUUUAUUGAUUGGUCCAAGAGGAAAUACGUUGAAAACAAUGGAGAAAGAAACUGGUGCUAAAAUCAUCAUCAGGGGCAAGGGGAGUGUCAAGGAGGGCAAAGUUGGCCGAAAAGACGGUCAACCACUUCCCGGCGAAGACGAACCCUUGCAUGCUUAUAUCACAGCCACGAACCCCGAAUGCGUCAAGAAGGCCGUGGAAAGGAUCAAGGAGGUUAUAAGACAGGGGGUCGAAGUCCCCGAGAACCAAAACGACCUGCGUCGCAUGCAACUGCGUGAGUUGGCACAACUGAACGGCACAUUGCGUGAAAAUGACGGAAUGCGUUGUAAUAAUUGUGGUGCCACUGACCACAAAUCAUGGCUGUGUCCGGAUAAACCAAACGUUACGAAUAACAUCGUAUGUUCGAGUUGUGGGGCUGCUGGUCACAUCGCUCGCGACUGUCGUCAGAAGCGUCCUGGGGCUGGGGGCCCCCCUGUUCCUGGCGAAAAGAAUAAAAUCGACGAGGAGUACAUGUCUUUGAUGGCUGAAUUGGGUGAGGCGCCGCCCCCGGACGCUGUUACUACCACAACGACCACUUCUACAACUACAACUCGUAAAUCAAGUUUCAAUUUGUUUGAUUCGCCGAUGACCCCAAGACCGCUUAUGCCGCCCCCAAUGCCCACACAGACGGCAAUACUUAAUAGUAUGGCGCCGCCUCCAUGGGCGACUGUGGCACAGAAUAUGACUUGGCAGCCGGGGCCGCCAGGGAUUAUGCCGCCGCCGCCGCCUCCAGGGGCGUCUAGUCCACCACAGAUGAUGCAAUGGAUGGGCGCGAAUAAUCAACCGCCGCCACCGGGGGCUACUGCCACUAAUGGGAGUAUGCCGUGGCAAGCGGCGGCGUUUACGUGGCCGCCGGGGAGUUGUCCACCGCCGCCACCACCAGGAAUCGAUGUUAAUAGUUUGUUGACGACGCCGCCACCACCGCCCCCGUCGUAAAGGAUUCGCACGAUGGUAUUUAAUGUAGUGUAGUAUCAUGGGAUUAUAUUUAAUAUUGCUAUCAAUAAUUAUUAAUUCAAUAUAUGUGUAUUAUGGA